AUGGCCGAUCAAUGUUAUUGCAAAAUGGCCUCCAUCUUCAUAAUUGUUUACCUGAUAAGAAUGGUUACACCUCACAUUUCAUCUUCAUCAUCAGACAUCAGUGAAGAGGAUGUAGCAAUAAAUCGUCGCAGUAACAACCCACGUUUGGAGUAUGAAGGACUGCCAAUAGAGUUCCCUAAGAGAGAGCAACAAUUGAAUGAAAUCAUUGAGCCCAUGACAUACUUAAAACAACACGCCCAAGAAAAAACAACUUCAAAGCCUGUCUACCCACCGCUGAACCGUCGCUUCCGUAGGAUAUACAACCCUGAUGAGAUUGCUUCAAUUGAAAGAUAUCCUUUCAUGGCUGCUCUCCUGGUGAACGAAGAACUGUGGUGUGGCGGCGUCAUCAUUGAUAAGGAUAAAGUUCUAACUGCAGCUCAUUGCCUACAACUGCAGUACAACAACAGAUUCUUUCGUGAAUACGUCAAGAUGUUGAGCGUCCGUGUGGGGUCCACGAACGCCACAUCUGGUGGCGAAGUCCUCCGAGUCGCCGAGAUCUUCUUCCACCCCAAUUACAAGCCUCAGACUUUGGAGUUCAACUUGGCUGUGCUCAAACUGCACAAAAACCUCUCCUUUGGAAAUCCAGACUCCCAUAUAGACAGUAUUGCUUACUCAACGGAUAAACUCGUUCCUGUCGACAAUCAGAUCCUGUUUCUUGGUUGGGGUUCGGUUCUGGGUAUUACCGGUGCAGGAGGUGAAGUCUUACUGCAGAAAGUUAAGCUGCCAGUGUAUGAUGUAGCCGACUGCCAAGAAGUUUACGGAAAAGACUUAGUGACUCGCACCAAUUUCUGCGCUGGUUACAUAACAUUACCGAAAAAUGUUUGCAAUCACGACGCGGGCGGUCCUGCGAUAAUGGACAACGCUCUAGUAGGAAUCCUUUCGUUCUCAUCCAAGCGCUGCGAUAAACCUGACCAGCCCGCAGUAUUCUCUUCAGUUGGCGCUGUAGCUUCAUGGCUCGAGAACCUCGGGAAUAAGAGGUUGCAGCUAAGAAACACGGCGAUAAAAUCACCAGAAAUUGCCCAAAUAUAA